UGGUGAUCGUAAAUGAGAUCUCCUCUUCCCCUCCACCUGCCAAGGUGACUUUGCCUCCGCACAAACUUCCAGUCGUCCAGCACCAUGAGCGGCGGCAACAACCAUGGAUCUGCCACAUGAGACGGACUGCAGGAACUGAAGCACAGCGCUGAAACUUUUGCACAGAAACCGCUGUGACACUGACUGAGAGAAAGAAAGAAAGAACAAAAAAGAAAAACUACACAACUUUUCCUUUCGCUUUUUCCUCGCCGUCUGCCAGCUGGAUUUGCUUUGGAUUCCGCGGUUUGUCUUUAUAUGUUCAGCCGGGGAGACUCGUAGUUUUUUUGGGGUGGUCCGCUCUAAGGAAGGCGAGAUGAAGGUACUCGGUUGGACCAUACUUUUCCUCUGCCAGUGGAUCCUACGGAAGGUUCAAGGGUUGGAGAAGCAGGUGGACUUCUCAGACCUGGGUCCAGUAGGGUCCGUGAUGAAGACCCUCCCAUAUGGCAUGGGUGGAGGUACAGUUGGAGGAACGACAGGAGGAGUUGUCAAGCCUCCAUACCAAACCCGUAUCUUCUCCACUUCCAUCGACCAGACACCCAUGAAGUCUAAGCCACCCACUUACAGUUUCUUCAAUCCAUACGACUGGGCCAGGAACCAGUCCCUGCUCCUGGACCAGACAGGCUACCGCUCCAAACGCAAGCCCUCGCUAAAGACUGCCCUGAAGACCAAGAAGAUAUUUGGUUGGGGCGAUUUCUACUUCAAUGUCAAGACCAUGAAGUUCAGCUUGUUGGUGACAGGGAAGAUUGUGGACCACAUCAAUGGGACGUUCACUGUUUACUUUCGCCACAACUCGUCCAGCUUGGGGAAUGUGUCUGUCAGUAUCGUCCCACCAACCAAAGUGGUGGAGUUUGAGGUCCUCCAGCAACAGCAGCUACAUCCCCACACUCAGCAGGACGUCCAGGUCCAGCAGCAGUCCACCAUUGACCCCAAAGAGGUAAAGACCUUCAACUGCCGGGUGGAGUAUGAGAAAACCAACAGAUCCAAGAAGCCCAAGCCCUGCCUGUACGAUCCGUCUCAAACCUGCUUCACAGAGCAUACCCAGUCCCACGCUGCCUGGCUCUGUGCCAAACCCUUCAAGGUUAUCUGUAUCUUCAUCUCUUUCUUCAGCAUUGAUUACAAGCUGGUUCAAAAAGUGUGUCCGGACUACAACUUCCAAAAUGACCACCCUUACUUUGGAUAAGUUAAGUGAGACUGAACUGUAAAGAGAGAAAAAAAGAGACAAUGACAUUGAUGAUGAUGAUUAGAUGGCAAUGAUGAUAAUGAUAUUGAUUAUAAUGAAGCAGGGGACAGUCUUUCUGCCUCUCUCAAAUGCUGUUGAAUUGUGGAUUUAAAAUCAAGUAUAAUCAGCAUUAUGGAUGGUUAGGAUAUGGCCGAUUUCUCUGACUUAUUUUCCAACUGUAUUUGUUAACUUCUGUUCCUUUUUUCUGUAAAUAAUGUACUCAAACUCAGCACAAUUAUUGCUUUUAGACUUGGUUUCUCAGUGUUAUUACUUUUUGUCAGUUGGAGAAUUCUGUUGAAAAAAAGAUGGAAUCAGUAUGCCCCCCGAAUACAAAGUGAGGCUCUGGAAUGACUGUGCUAUGCCGUCACUGUAUGGCAGGCGUUAUGUUAUGGAAGACUGACUGUUAAUCAUCCUCUCAGCUCUACAUUUCAAAUCCUGGAUAUAAGAGAGUUAUAUGUAUGAGAAAUGCUAUGCUGGAUAUGCAUACAAUAUACUGUAUGAAAAAGCACAUUAAAAUCUCUUAAACUGUU